AUGUCUUCAUUUGCCUCCAAGUCCAACCCGCACCCUCUCGACCCAUUGACGGUUGAAGAGGUGCGAGCGGCCUCACAAACACUUGUCAAGAAACUCCAAGGCGCGAAGGGCGAGGUUCGAUUCAAGGUUGUCGACCUCGCUGAGCCUCCCAAGGACUUGACGCUUCAGCACCUUCAUCACAACGGACCCGCGCCGGACCGAAAGGCCAGGGUGUACUACCACCUCAAGACCAGCCAAACUCUCAUGAUUGCCAUUGUCAACAUAACCAGGGAUCGCGUUGAGAGAACUUAUGGCGCUCCAGACUCUCAAGGGCCUGUGGAUUGGGUCGAGUUCGAGCUCAUCAAUCGAGCAUGCAUCUCCCACCCUGAAGUCCUCGCCGAGGUUGCCAAACUCAAGCUUCCCCCUCAUGCUCGCAUUGAGAAUGAUCCUUGGGCGUUUGGAACAGACAGCUCUAAAGAAAGGCGGCGCCUCUUCCAAUGCUACAUGUACGCGGCCAUGUCAGAGGACGACGAAGCAAACCAUUACUCGAUCCCACUCCCUCUCGCGCCCAUUUUUGACGCGCAUACACUGGAGUUGGUAGAUCUCCAAAGACUUCCCAUGGGAUCAAACGACCUUCUCGACGUCGAGACUCAGCCCUGGGAUCCUGUCGAGCCCGUCGAGUACAGCGCAAACAUCAUGGGCGAGGAUGCGUUCCGGAAGGACGUGAAGCCUCUCCAAAUCACGCAACCAGAGGGACCUUCGUUCAACAUAUUUGGACGUCGCGUCGAGUGGCAAAAGUGGUCAUUCCAGCUGGGAUGGACGCUGCGAGAGGGACCGGUUCUCCAUGAUGUGCGCUACGACGGCCGACCGCUCUUCUACCGUGUGUCCAUGAGCGAGAUGACGGUUCCCUACGGCGAUCCUCGCUCGCCUUACCACCGAAAGCAGGCGUUUGAUCUGGGCGACUCGGGGUUUGGCCUCACGUCCAACAGUCUGAGCCUGGGCUGUGACUGUCUCGGCCACAUUGCCUACUUCAGCGGCGUCCGGGUUUCUGGCGACGGCAAGCCCGUCGUCAUGCCCAACGUCAUCUGCAUGCACGAAGUUGACGAUGGCAUCGGAUGGAAGCACACCAACUUCCGCAACAACAAGUCGUCCGUCGUCAGAAACCGCCAGCUCGUCGUUCAGUGCACUGCGACUGUGGCGAAUUACGAGUACAUCCUCGCGUUCGUUCUGGACCAAGCCGCCAACCUCCACAUCGACGUGCGAGCGACCGGCAUUGUUUCGACCAUGCCUAUCCGCCAGGGCCUCCAGGUUCCUUGGGGGACGGUUGUUGCGCCGGGCGUGCUGGCCGUGAACCACCAGCAUCUGUUCUGUCUCCGUGUCGACCCUUGUCUGGAUGGAGACCAGAAGAACACCAUUGCGUACGAUGACUGCGUUCCUGUGACCAACGAGCCGGAUCUCGAUCCCUUCGGCUGUGCCUUCAGAGUUCACACGACCGCAAUCGAGAAGCCAGGUGGCUACGAUCUGGAUCUGACCAAGAACCGAGUCUUCAAGAUCAUCAACGAGUCGCGCAUCAAUUCCAUCUCUGGGAAACCGCACGGAUACAAACUUCACGCCGUCCCAAGUCAGAUGCUAAUGAUGGGACCCCAGACAUUCAACUUCCGCCGCGGUGUUUUCACUUCUAAGCCGAUUUGGGUCACCAAGUACCGCGACGACGAGUUGUGGGCUUCGGGAGAGUUCACCAACCAGAGCCGCGACGAUACUGGCAUGGCGCUUUGGGCGGAGCGAGAUGAGCCGGUCAAGAACGAAGACGUCGUCUUGUGGCAUUCCUUUGGCCUCACACAUGUGACUAGACCUGAAGACUUCCCCGUGAUGCCCGUCGAGAAGCUGUCAGUUUCUCUAAAGCCUGUUAACUUUUUCGAAGUCAACCCUUCCAACGACGUUCCUCGAUCCUCUCAGAGCCUGAACAAGUCGACCCUUCACAAAGUUGGCCCCGAAAGCUGCUGCACUGCCCGCCCAUCCCGAAUUUAGGCAGUGGAGGGAGCAUAAUAUGAGUCGACGAGAUUCAGGAUCGUAAAAGGGUUAAAUGAGAAAUUUGUAAAUACAUAUCAUACAUAAAUAAUAGCGAUGGAUACAAUUGUGUUGAUGUUAGACUACUUUGUGCACUCAGUUGAGUUCCCUGUAGAUGUCUAGGGUAGGUCAACCACGA